AGUAGAUAUGGCUACAUUUGAACUUUACAAUUCGAAUAGUGAUUUGAAAAACGUUCAUAUAUACUAAGUGAAGAAAAAGAUACGAUUACAAGGCGGACAAAAACGCUUACCCCCCAAAAAAAAGCGUAUAAGCGCUUUUGAAUAUGGGCUGUUCAACUUCUGCGCCAACUGUCUUGGAUACAAACAAAGAAGGAACGCUUUCAGCUAACAAAGUUAACGACAACAAGGCCAGUUCAAAUAUGGGUGACAAGGCAAAGAUUGAAGAUAUGGAGGCAAACAAAUAUCCCGCUUCAGAAGCAUUCAUCAUACCACUGAACGACGCGGUCGAAACAAAAGUGUACACCGCUGAUGCGCCAGAAGCAAAGGAUUUACUCGCAGCGACUGUGAAAAAACAACCGCCCAAGCGUAUACAAGAGCUAAUAGAGCAAGCGGCAGAAAAUGAAGCGACCGCUGUUAAUUUACAAAAUUUAGAGGAGAAACUCGAGAAGGCCGAAGAACGUCGAAAGGAAUAUUUGCAACAGAAAAUUGAAACCAUACAAAAAACAACACAAAUGUUGACAAGAAGUAGCAGUAGAGAAUUGUUGGAGAGGGAAAAGCAAGAUGAGCCGGAUGUUGAUGGCCAAAUGGAGAAGGAGCACAAAAAUGACAAUCAUGCUGAAUAUGGCCAGGGGAAAAAAUAGUAUGUUCUUAAUUUGAAAUAUGUAUGUAGUAUUAGUAUGAAGUAGAUUUUGUACGGCAUGAGAAAGUUAAAACGCCUAAAAAUAUGUUUAGUUAAAUAUUCGAUUAAUUCAAAACAGUGAAAACCAAAAAAAUUAUUUAUGGGUUUGAAUGAGUAAAUGCGCUUACUUGACUACAUAAACUAUUUAGAUGUUAAAUUUUUUUGGCACAUACAAUAAUAAAGUUGUGAAUAUUAAUAA